AGGCAGCUGCUUGAGGUUCCAGGCAGUCGGUGUCCCCUCUCUUCUGCCUCGGGACAGCUGGUUAUUAUCAAACUCGUAACAAGUCUUCCUUGCUUAUUGCCUGCUGGGAGAGGAGGGAGAUUAUGCAGUGGGCUUUUGAUUUAUCCAAUGGGAAUUACAUUGAUCUGGUGUCUGGCUGUGGUUCUUCUCAAGUGGAUCGCCUCUAAGAGGCGUGGAGCUAUUUCCUAUGACAGUUCUGACCAGACUGCAUUGUACAUUCGUAUGCUAGGAGAUGUACGUGUAAGGAGUCGAGCAGGAUUUGAAUCAGAAAGAAGAGGUUCUCAUCCAUAUAUUGAUUUUCGUAUUUUUCAUGCUCAAUCUGAAAUUGAAGUUUCUGUGUCUGCAAGGAAUAUCAGAAGGUUACUAAGUUUCCAGCGGUAUCUUAGAUCUUCACGCUUUUUUCGUGGUACUACUGUUUCAAAUUCUCUAAACAUUUUAGAUGAUGAUUAUAAUGGACAAGCCAAGUGUAUGCUGGAAAAAGUUGGAAAUUGGAAUUUUGAUAUCUUUCUAUUUGAUAGACUAACAAAUGGAAAUAGUCUAGUAAGUUUAACCUUUCAUUUAUUUAGUCUUCAUGGAUUAAUUGAGUACUUCCAUUUAGAUAUGAUGAAACUUCGUAGAUUUUUAGUUAUGAUUCAAGAAGAUUACCACAGUCAAAACCCUUACCACAAUGCAGUCCAUGCUGCAGAUGUUACUCAGGCCAUGCACUGUUACUUAAAAGAACCUAAGCUUGCCAGUUCUGUAACCCCUUGGGAUGUCUUGCUGAGCUUAAUUGCGGCUGCCACUCACGAUCUGGACCAUCCAGGUGUUAAUCAACCUUUCCUUAUUAAAACUAACCAUUACUUGGCAACUCUGUACAAGAAUACCUCAGUACUGGAAAAUCACCACUGGAGAUCUGCAGUGGGAUUAUUGAGAGAAUCUGGUUUAUUCUCACAUAUGCCAUCAGAAAGCAGGCAACAAAUGGAGACUCAGAUAGGUGCUUUGAUACUAGCCACAGACAUCAGUCGCCAAAAUGAGUAUCUGUCAUUGUUUAGGUCCCAUUUGGACAGAGGUGACUUACGCCUAGAAGAUGCCAGGCAUAGGCAUUUGGUUUUACAGAUGGCUUUGAAAUGUGCUGAUAUUUGCAACCCGUGUCGGACCUGGGAAUUAAGCAAGCAGUGGAGUGAGAAAGUAACAGAGGAAUUCUUCCAUCAAGGAGAUAUAGAAAAGAAGUAUCAUUUGGGUGUGAGUCCACUCUGUGAUCGUCGGACUGAAUCUAUUGCCAACAUCCAGAUUGGUUUCAUGACUUACCUAGCGGAGCCUUUAUUCACGGAAUGGGCCAGGUUUUCCAAUACCAGGCUCUCGCAGACAAUGCUCGGACAUAUGGGGCUGAACAAAGCCAGUUGGAAGGGGCUGCAGAGGGAACAGUCCACCAGUGAGGACACGGAUGCUGCGUUCGAGGAGUUGAACUCACAGUUAUUACCUCAGGAAAAUCGGUUAUCGUAGCCCCCAGAAGCAGUGGGACAGACUGCCUCCUGCCGGAUUUUAGAAAUGUGAAAUGGGGUCCCGAGGUGAGAGGACGUCUCUUGGCCUGCCAAGGUUUCCGAAGGAACGAGGCCAGCGUUAUUUGUUCCCGAGGCGUCCUCUCUCGGAUCACGUGACCCCACUUUUUAAAUUCUAAGACCUGAACAUACAGCAAUAUGCAUUUGGCUUUCGUGUGAAACCUUGAAUAUGCAAAGCCCAGCAGGAGCGAACCAGAAAGGAGUAACAGGAAGUUUUGCGGUGUGCCACGAGUCUUUUAAAAGCAUUUGUUCCUCGAACCACGAAACUUGAACACUGUAUCUUUCAGCAGAGACCUCCUGGAAUUUAAGCAGUCUGAUGCAACAUUGUGUGUCUGUACCUUCCCCCAAGUUCUCUCUGAGAAAAUGGAAAUGUGAAGUGCCCACCCUCUGCUGCCUCCUGCAAGACUCGAUGUUUACAAAUCAACUCUGAAAUACUGGUUCUAAAUUGCCUUGGAGCAGGAUUGUGAAGGAACCACUAAGAAUUUCAAAGAUCAAACUGAAACUGCAGCUCUUUCCCCCUGGUUUGCCUUUUUUCUUCUUUGGAUGCCACCAAAGCCUCCCAUUUGCUAUAGUUUUAUUUUGCGCACUGGAAACUGAGCAUUUUUCAUAGAGUACCGCCGAGCUUUCCCUCCAGUGCUGUUCGGCAAUGCAAUUUUUUUUAACUAUUAGUUUUUAAUUUGGGGCGGGAGGGGAAGAACACCAAUGUCCUAGCUGUGUUAUGAUUCUGCAGUGAAGACAUUGCAUGUUGUUUUCACUACUGUACACUUGACCUGCACAUGCAAGAAAAAGGUGGAAUGUUUAAAACACCAUAAUCAGCUCAGGGUAUUUGCCAAUCUGAAAUAAAGUGGGAUGGGGAAGUGUGUCCUUCAGAGCAAGGGUACUAAAGUCCCUUUCGCUGCAGUGAGUGAGAGGUAUGUUGUGUGUGAAUGUGUGGACGUAUGUUCGCGUGCAUGUUUGUGCAUGUGUGACUGUGCAUGUGUUAUAUUUAUCCACGUGGGAAAGGGUCUGAAAUGUAAGCUUUUAUUUAUUAUUUUAGAAUGUGACACAAUGCGCAGCCACACUGGGGGAGGGGAAGGUAGGUGAGCUGUAACAGACUGCUCCAGUUGCCUUAAACUAUGCACAAAGCUAAGUGACCAAACUUCUUGUUUUGAUUUGAAAAAAGUGCAUUGUUUUCUUGUCCCUCCCUUUGAUGAAACGUUACCCUUUGAUGGGCCUUUUGAUGUGAACAGAUGUUUUCUAGGACAAAAUCUAAGGACUAAUUUUAAACUUCAAACAUUCCACUUUUGUAAUUUGUUUUAAAUUGUUUUAUGUAUAGUAAGCACAACUGUAAUCUAGUUUUAAGAGAAACCGGUGCUUUCUUUUAGUUCAAUUGUAUUUCCCUUGUUACUGUAAAAGACUGUUUAUCGAUUAUGUUUACAUUGUUGCAACAGCCAUUUCCUUGGGAGAAAGCUUGAGUGUAAAGCCAUUUGUCAAAGGCUUUGCCAUACUCAUUUUAAUAUGUGCCUGUUGCUGUUAACUUUUGAUGAAUAAAAACCUAUCUUUUCACAUA